AUGUCUCAUCUCAAGCGAUCAUGUUCGCAUCGAGCUAUCACCAAAUCACAUCGACGCGGGUCCACGCUGGUCAAAUCAUCCGAUGUUGUUCAGAAGGUGUAUAACAGCAACAUGGACCCAAGCACGGAGAUUUCCAUCCACAAAGCGGUUGCUCAAAGACUGGAGUUUACACAGAGAUUGGCAGAGUGGCGGGAAAGUAGCUCGAUUGCAUUUCCCGAGGUCCUCAGCGCUCAGUUGGACAACUGGAGCGAGGCUCCAUACAUCACAAAUCGCUUUGGCAUCCUGUUAAGCAUUCACUAUCAUACUACCGCACUACUGGUUAAUCGUCCGUUAGUUACCAGACUGAUCGCUGAGAUAUUUCCCAACAAAAGCAGCUCGCUACCUUUCAUGGGAGAAAUUGCGAUUGCAAUAAAGCAAGAUGUCGAAUCGGCAAAAGAACUCAGCCAAUUGGUCCACUGCAUCGCUCACUAUCAUCCGAACUUCAUCGAUCGAAAUGCCAUCUGGUGGAUUUGCAAUUACAGCACAUUCACUGCGGCAGUCCAUCUGCUGGGAAUCGUCUUGAUAUGCUGUCAAGCAAAUCUGCCCGAGGUUGUGAAAGUUGUCGAACUCUCUGAAGUCCGCGAGGCAUUGGUACUGAGUCUAGACACGCUCGAGAUGAUCGAGCGAUCGAGCCUCAUGAAUCGCAAGGGUCGUGACUGCUUGCGGCGGUUCCUACACGUACUAGACACUCUUGCUACCUUACUCGACACGACUGCAAUACUUGCGCACGAUCAGACAGAGACUGCUUUCUGCGACAUAUUUGCGCAGUACAUAUCUGAACCAGCUAAUGACUUUAUUCUCCAAUUAAGCUAG